AUGUCAAGAUUGGACUGGGAUGUGAAUUUUCUUGAUAACCCAAAAGAUUUCUAUGAACCUGGUGACAAAUUGAAGGCAGAAUUUAUUUUGAUGGUGUCAAAAAAGCCAUUAGAAGUUAAAAGAAUUGAAUGUAGGAUCAAAGGAUAUGUUAAAUGCAUAUGGGACACUGGAACUUCUUUAUACAAUGGAUACGAAAGUUAUAUUGAUGAAUACUACCGUCUGUUAAACAAUAAAAAUGAGGGAAAUGCUGAGCUAGCGAAAGGAAUUCAUAAGUUUGACAUAGUUUGUAAUUUACCUUCAAAUCUUCCUACGAGUUUCUUCUGCGAAGGUGGAGGAGCAAUCAAAUACAAAAUGAUAAUUAAAGUUGUCGGAUAUCGAAGAAUCAAGUUAAACGCUCGAAUUCCUAUACGUGUGAUACGACCACUGAAUCUUAAUGUUGAGGCUUUACAUUUGAGAUCAACACUUAAGGAAGAAUUGUCAAAGAAGUUCAAGUUUGAUUUCACGUCAGAGCCGCUUUACAUGUCUGCAUCGAUACCUUUCUCUGCAUACGUUCCCGGACAAACUAUUAACAUAAGAAUCAUAGUGAAUAAUCAAUCGAAAACAGAUGUGAAAGAGUUGAACAUUUCUUUAGCAAAGUUAAUUUUAUUGACAUGUAAAAAGCCGAAAGAUUCAACUGAGUUAAAAUGUUCUGAAGUUAAAUUGACAACGUCGGGAGUUCCAGCGUUGACAGUGCAACAUUUUGAGAAGGAAAUUGUUGUUCCACCUCUACCUCCAUCAAUUUCAAAUUGUGAAUUGUUAAAAGUUCACUAUCAAGUGAGAGUUAAAGCGAUAACAAGUGGAUUAAAUCGAUGGCCUGUGUUGAUUCUUCCGAUCACAAUUGGAACAAUUCCGUUUGAAGAUUCAGAAAACCCUUUGGGAUUGCCACCUCCUUAUGAGACUUUAGGGCUUUCGGAUUAUGAUCGAGUGAUCAAAGAAGGAGCAAGCGAUGAUGAAGAUAAUUCUGAUGACUUUCCUAGUGAAGGUGCAACAAGUAACAAAGUUGGCAAAUCUUCUUCUUCAUAA